AUGCCGCUCUCCUUCUCGCCGCUCGCCGCAGGUGCCUCGCCCGCCUCUUUGCGUGCCAACGCACCCCACGGCAAUGUCCUCAAGGACCUGCACGCGCGCGACGCGCCCCUGCGCCAGCAGCUCCUCGCCGAGUCGGACCAGCUCGUCGACAUCCGCCUCACCGAGCGCCAGCUGUGCGACCUCGAGCUCGUCAUGAACGGCGGCUUCUCGCCCCUCGAGGGCUUCAUGGGCAAGCAGGACUACGAGAGCGUCGUCGAGACCCUCCGCCUCGCCGACGGCGCCCUGUUCCCCAUGCCCAUCACGCUCGACGUCUCGCAGGAGCAGAUCGACUCGCUCAAGCUCGCCGAGGGCACCCGUGUCACCCUGCGCGACUCGCGCGACGAGUCGCCGCUCGCCAUCCUCACGAUCUCGUCGAUCUACAAGCCCAACAAGUCGAACGAGGCCGAGAAGGUCUUUGGCGCCGACGACAGCGCCCACCCGGCCGUCCACUACCUCCACAACUCGGUCAAGGACUUCUACGUUGGCGGCAACGUCCAGGCCAUCUUCGCGCCCGAGCACUACGACUACGUCGAGCUUCGCUACACCCCUCGCGAGCUGCGCGCCUACUUCGACAAGCUGUCGUGGCGCCGUGUCGUCGCGUUCCAGACCCGCAACCCGAUGCACCGCGCCCACCGCGAGCUCACGGUCCGCGCCGCUCGCCAGCAGCGCGCCAACGUCCUCGUGCACCCGGUCGUCGGCCUCACCAAGCCCGGCGACGUCGACCACUUUACCCGCGUGCGCGUGUACGAGGCCAUCAUCCGCACCUACCCCAAGGGCAUGGCGGCGCUCGCGCUCCUCCCGCUCGCGAUGCGCAUGGGCGGCCCUCGCGAGGCCGUGUGGCACGCCAUCAUCCGCAAGAACUUUGGCGCGACGCACUUUAUCGUCGGCCGCGACCACGCCGGUCCGGGCAAGAACUCGCAGGGCAAGGACUUCUACGGCCCGUACGACGCGCAGGAGCUCGUCACGCAGUACAAGGACGAGCUCGCGAUCGAGAUGGUGCCGUUCCAGAUGAUGUCGUACAUCCCGGACCAGGACACGUACAUGCCCGUCGAUGAGAUUCCCAAGGGCACCGUCACGGCCGACAUUUCGGGCACCGAGCUGCGCCGCCGCCUCAAGACGGGCGCGCCGAUCCCGGACUGGUUCUCGUACGAGGCGGUCGUCAAGGUCCUGCGCGAGUCGUACCCGGCCAAGGCCCAGCAGGGCUUCACGAUCCUCCUGACGGGCUACGUCAACUCGGGCGCCAACGCCAUCGCCAAGGCGCUCGAGUCGCAGUUCCAGCAGCAGGCCGGCCGCUCCGUGUCGCUCCUCCUCGGCGACACGAUCCGCUCCGAGCUCAGUGCCGAGCUCGGCUUUGCGCCCGAGGAGCGCCACAAGAACCUGCAGCGCCUCGCGUUUGUCGCCGCCGAGCUGUCGCGCGCCGGCGCCGCCGUCAUCGCGACCCCGAUCGCGCCGUACGCCCACUCGCGCAAGGCGGCCAAGAGCCACAUCGUCCAGAACGGCGGUGCCGGCGGCGGCAACUUCUUCCUCGUGCACGUCGCGACGCCGCUCGAGCACUGCGAGAAGACGGACCGCCGCGGCGUGUACGCUCGUGCGCGCGCCGGCCAGAUCCAGGGCUUCACCGGCAUCGACGACAAGUACGAGACGCCCGACGACGCCGACCUCGUCGUCGACCUCUCGAAGCAGUCUGUCCUCGAGGCGACGCACGCCAUCAUCCUGUGCCUCGAGACGGCCGGCCUCAUCGGCAUGGCCUGAGCGUGCCCGCCCGGCGCCAAAAAAAAGGUCCCCUCUCUCUCUCUCUCUCUCUCUCCU